AUGAAAACGAGGAAGGUUGAAAAAGCCUUCCGCGUUAGAUUCAGCACUAAUGGGGGCAUUGUUACCGGUGACUUCCACGUCAUUGUUAGCUUCCACUAUUACAACUGGUACAACAUUCGUGUUUCCGUCAGUUAUCAUUUUGGUGCAAAUCACCCAGAGGAAUUGCCGAUUCUCCUGUUGGGAAAAAUCACGCUGUGGCAACUUCCGUCGAUCAUUCACCCGGUUCGCCUCUGUUCAGUUCCACCGGUCUGGAUUUUUACAAGGGAGGACAACCACAACCGUAUUUGGCCGAAAUUAAUCCGGUUCCACGUCAUUGUUAGCUUCCACUAUUACAACUGGUACAACAUUCGUGUUUCCGUCAGUUAUCAUUUUGGUGCAAAUCACCCAGAGGAAUUGCCGAUUCUCCUGUUGGGAAAAAUCACGCUGUGGCAACUUCCGUCGAUCAUUCACCCGGUUCGCCUCUGUUCAGUUCCACCGGUCUGGAUUUUUACAAGGGAGGACAACCACAACCGUAUUUGGCCGAAAUUCCGUAAUCCGGUUUGUCCACUGACGGAAACAACAUGGCAAAUUCUCAUUGGUCCGCUGGCAUACGUUGCUGAUAACGUCAGAGACAAGUUUAAAGGCUAUCCCUCAGAACCUCAAAUAAAUAGUGUCCAACUUAUCAACAUUUCUAGUGGCCUCAUCAGUCCGGGUUGCUGUUCUUUUCAAACCCGACGCCUAUUCGUGAAGGUGAAGGAUUCCAUACACAUGGCAAAGUUAAACUUGUCAAGUAAAGGAGUCUCCAUUUUUCACCGUGUGUUAUUUUUCGUUAACGGAGAAAAUCCAAAAUUCGGCCAAGUUCAUCCGACAAAGGAUGGCUUCCGAAAUACAUCCAUUUACUGA